GUGGCAUAAAUUUACUCAAAUUAAACCUCCGAAAUUGAGGAACCACUGUAAAUAGGUUGAUUAAAUAUUCUAACUUCUACUCAACUUACAUUGAUUAGUUGGAUAGGGCCCGUUUAUUGUUUGAAAAUCCUACCGUCCAUUAAAUGUUCACCAAUCGGCCAAUUACAAAAUGAAUAAAUUUUUUUAAUGAUCUAUCUAUCACGAUUUAGACGGUUUUAUUUUUAGUUAAUUUUAUGCCACGCAUACAAUUUCUUAAAGCUCGCGUAUCAACAAUCAUACUAUCCCAGAGUAUCAAAGUUUCUCUCUCUCUGCAAUGUAUUUCCCGCUUCUUCCAUUUCAUUUGGAUCUUUUGAAACAAAACCUCUUCCCUUCCCAAAAUGCCCUCAGUCUCUCUGCAACUCCCGCCAUUUUCUUCUCCCGCCAAACACACCAACACCUUCCAAUCAAACAAGCCCCAAUCCAUCGAUUCCCUACGUCUACUACCCGAAGAUCCCUUUCGCAACUCCAUGGCUUCCGUCCAGUUCUUGAAUUCUUAUGCGGCCAAUCGCGAUCUGAAAUCAGCAGCGUGCAUUCACGCAGGCGUCUUGAAAUCUGGCUUUGAUGCCGACGUGUUCGUCGGCAAUUCACUUCUGGAUGCGUACGUGAAAUGCCGGAAUUUGGAAGAUGCUGUUAGACUGUUUGAUCGAAUGCCCGAGAGAAAUGUUGUGUCCUGGACUUCAAUGAUAUCAGGUCAAUGCCAGAGCAGAUUGCAUGAUACGGCAAUAUCCACUUUCAAGAAGAUGUUAGAGAGUGGGCCACCGCCUAAUGAAUUCACUCUCUCGGUCAUGCUACAAGCUUGUACCCAAAAACAGAACCUCAAGAUGGGUGAGAUGAUACAUGGUUAUAUAAUUCGAAAUGGGUACAUCCGUGAUCAGUUUAUACAGAAUUCUUUGAUUGACAUGUACUCGAAAUCUGGGUCGUUGGUGGCUGCAGGGAAAUUGAUGGAUAGAUUGAGUUGUAGAGAUGUUGUCUCUUGGACGUCUGUAAUUUCCGGUUUCGUUGUUGAAGGACUUAUUGAGAAGGCAUUGGUUUUGUUCUUUCAGAUGCAAGAAGAUGGUGUUAUGCCAAAUGCGGUGACUAUCAUCAGCAUCAUCCAUGCAGUCUCUUUGGUGAAUGAAUGGAGGUUUUUUAGGUGGAUCCAUGGCUGGGUUGUAAAAACAAAGUUGGGUAGUGAUCCUUUUGUGGUGAAUUCUCUUGUGGAAAUGUAUUCUAGAAAUGGGUUUGUUGAAGGUGUGAAGAUUUUUGGUCAGUUCUGUUUUACGGGAGAACGUCGAUAUCUCAACCCGGAGACCAUGGCAACCCUUGUUCAAGAUUGUGCCCAUUCGGGUUCUUUGAAAUGGGGCAAAGGGAUACAUGGGUUCUUGAUUAAAAAUGGAUUUUUCCCAUGCAUCAUGGUAGAAAACUCUCUCAUAGAUAUGUAUGCAAAAACCAAACAGGUUGAUUCAGCAUAUCAGCUCUUUACAAUGAUGAACGGAAGAGAUGUAAUCUCUUGGAACACCAUGCUCUUAUGCUAUGUGAAGAACGACCGUCCUUGUGAUGCUCUGCAACUUCUCACUGAAAUCCACACCAUUGAAAGAGAUGUUUUGGCCCCUGAUUUUGUCACAAUGUUGAGUUCACUCCAAGCUUGCGCAGAGUUAGCAUCAUUGCAACAAGGCCAAAUCAUCCAUGGAUACAUAACAAAAUCAGGAUUCGGGUGUGAUGUUUUUAUUGGGAACUCCCUUAUAGACAUGUAUGCCAAGUCGGGUAGGAUUGAUUUUGCGAAGUGGAUCUUUGAGGACAUGCCUACUAGGGAUCUGGCUUCUUGGAAUUCAAUGAUUGCAGCAUACGGAAUCCAUGGGGAUGGCAUUUCUGCUCUAUGGGUUUUUCGUGAGCUUGAGAGAUUUGGGGCUCACCCUCCAAAUGCAAUAACGUUUCUUAAUGUUCUCACAGCAUGUGGGCAUUCGGGACUGGUAAAAGAAGGAUAUGCGUGCUUUAACAAAAUGACUAGGGACUAUGGCAUUGAGCCUAGCAUGGAGCAUUUUGCUUGCAUGGUCGAUCUCUUGGGAAGGUCGGGACGACUCAAAGAAGCCGAAGAUUUCAUAGAAGAGAUGCCUAUGAGGCCUGGCCUGGCUGUUUGGGGAGCUCUAUUGGGUGCUUGUGCGCUUUUUGGUGAAAUUGAGAUUGCAGAGAGAGUUGUGGAGAGGCUUUCUGUUUUAGAUCCAGGUAGCAAGGCUUGGAGAGUGGUUAUGUCCAAUGUUUAUGCAGCGGUUGGCAGAUGGGAAGAUGCAGUGAGGUUGAGAGAGGAAAUGAGGGGUGGUGAGGGUCCUAGAAAAGAAGCAGGAUGGAGCUGUGUGGAGGUAAGAGGGGAGAGCUUUAGAUUCAUGGUGGGAGAUACAAGACAUCCCAAGAGCACAACUAUUUAUGAGACAUUGAAUGGGAUUGGGGACCAGAUAAGAGAUAACUGCUUUGGUUGCUAAGAGAUUCUGAUAGACAUGGAAGUAGGGUAAAUGGUCCAGUUGGUCUCUGGUUUGGAUGUUGAGAUGAAAAGGACAGUUGAUGCCAGGUGGUCUUCAGCUUUUCUUCACCCCGAUCAAAGGGCUGAUGUUAAGUAGGAAGCCGGUCGUUGAACUUUUGCCAAGCAAUCAUGAGAAUUACUAUUUCAAAUCUAACUUGGCUAAGUUUUCCGAAGCCGACUGAAAUUCCUGAAACAAGGUUAUGAUGACGGUGACAAUGAUGUGUCCAUGAUCAUUUUGAGACUAAAACACAUUGGUCCAUGCAAUUAGAUGCAGUGUAUAGAACAUUCAAGAACUUGCUGAAAAUGGGAGAGAAAUGUAGAGGACACAUGUUUUCGUUUUGUUGCAAUCAAGUUUCUUACUUGCAAUGUUGAUUGCUAGCGAGUUUCUGUAUCCAAAAACAAAUUGUCAAUAAUUUCUGCCCUAGAAAUGCAAUUCUAAAGCUAUUUCUAAAACUAACAUUAACUAUCGAUAAUUUGUGAUACCAGUGCAACUAGAAAGCAUACUUCACGGAAGCUCUAAGA